AUGGCGGCAACAACGGAUGUGGACGUGGAUGCAGUCAUCAGCAAGCUGCUAGAGGUGCGGGGAAGCCGACCAGGCAAGCCGGUGCAACUCACUGAAGCUGAGAUUAGGGGGCUGUGUCAGAAGAGUCGAGAAAUAUUUAUAGCCCAGCCGAUUCUGCUGGAACUGGAAGCCCCCAUAAAGAUUUGUGGGGAUAUCCAUGGGCAGUACUAUGACCUCCUGCGCCUCUUCGAGUAUGGCGGAUUUCCACCGGAGGCCAAUUACCUCUUCCUAGGGGAUUAUGUGGACCGUGGCAAGCAGAGCCUGGAAACGAUUUGUCUGCUUCUCGCUUACAAAAUCAAGUAUCCAGAAAACUUCUUUCUGCUUCGAGGCAAUCAUGAAUGCGCGUCCAUUAACCGCAUUUACGGAUUUUACGAUGAAUGCAAGCGCCGGUACAACAUCAAGCUGUGGAAGACCUUUACAGAUUGUUUCAACUGCCUCCCGGUGGCUGCCAUUAUUGAUGAGAAGAUCCUCUGCAUGCAUGGGGGGCUGUCUCCUGAACUGAACUCUAUGGAUCAGGUCAGGCGAAUCGUUCGCCCCACUGACGUCCCUGAUACCGGCCUUCUGUGCGACUUGUUGUGGUCUGAUCCUGAAAAGGAAAUAGCGGGGUGGGGGGAAAACGACCGAGGCGUUUCCUUCACCUUUGGACAAGAUGUCGUCCACAACUUCCUCCGCAAACACGACUUAGAUCUCAUUUGCCGCGCCCACCAGGUGGUGGAGGACGGCUAUGAGUUCUUUGCCAAGAGGCAGCUGGUGACUCUCUUCAGCGCCCCCAACUAUUGUGGCGAAUUCGAUAACGCCGGUGCCAUGAUGUCCGUGGACGAGACCCUCAUGUGUUCAUUUCAGAUCUUAAAGCCCGUGGAAAAGAAGAAGGGAAUCAACAAAUAA